GGAGGGGUUUAUAGUUUGAAGGUGGGUGUGUCCCACAGUGUUUAAAACAGACUAUCUGUGCUCUGCUCUCACAUCAGUCGUUUUUUCCUCCUCAAGCUGAACAACACCUCCAUAUAAACCGCCACCAUGUCCACCAUUCUGGGUGCAAUUGGAAUGCUGAAGCAAACUUUUGAUAAGUAUGCUGGAGCAGAAGGAGACAAGGGUUCUCUGUCGAAGAAGGAACUUGCCACCUUGCUGAAAGCUGAGGUUCCUGGAUUAGCUGAUAAAAAGGAAGAGGUGGAUGAGUUUAUGAAGGCGCUGGAUGAAGAUGGUGACGGUUCUGUUGAUUUUAAAGAAUACGUCGUUUUUGUCGCCACCUUGGCUAUGAUUUUGGGCUGUUAAAAUAAUUUCCAGUCUCUCUGCUUUUCUUGUCUCUCCCAAAUUGGAAAACUGACGGCUCCAACACACAUGUAAAGGCAAAAAAAA